UCGCAGGUGUCACCGCCCGGACAGGCCCCGGGGGUGUCGGCGUGUGCGCAUGCUCCGUGCGCGGGGUCGUGCUCUGAGCGGCGGAGUCCGGCCGUUCGUGCUCCAGUUCCCCGCGCGCUUCGGGGGCGGUCGUGGCGGCGGUCGGCGUGUCAGCCCGGGGUCGGCGCGAGGAGGCAGCGCCGGGCCAGCGGGAGGGAGCCCCGCGGGGGAGGCAGGGCCGAGCGCAGAGGUGCCUCGCGGCCACACGGACACGGAACUCGGAGUCGCGCAGUCACCGGAGAGGGGCUGCCUUUCUUGGGGAGAGACCGCCAGGAAGACGGCGGCCGGAGGACCAGCCACGCGCCCGCAGGACUGAUGGCCGGAGCUUGAAAGACGAUGACUUAUCCACCGACGUUACUUUCAGCAGCUUGGGAAAACCUCUUUCAUUUCAGUCUGUACAAAUCUCUUCUAAAAUUUAACACGUAAAAAUCUCUGAGGCCGUGUUUCAAAUGGCCGCCCCUAGUUUCCCACGCUGGACGUUCCCGCGCCCCGUUCUCACGUGAGGAAGUCCGCAGCCCGGACGGCGGCGGCCGUGGUUGUGAUGGGCGGCGGAGAGUCUGAGUGGGCAGGCCCAGACGCCCCCCGGUUCCCGGGAGACAGCACGGCGGUCUAGAGCGGCCGGCUCUCAUUCAUGCGGACGCCGCCGCCGCCGCGCGCGGGCAUGGCGUGGGUGCGGUUCCUGCGGAAGCCCAGCGGCAACCUGGCGAGCUCGUACCAGCCGGGCAGCGUGCUGUCACUGGCGCCCACCAAGGGCCUGCUGAACGAGCCGGGGCAGAACAGCUGCUUCCUCAACAGCGCCGUGCAGGUGCUGUGGCAGCUGGACAUCUUCCGGCGGAGCCUGCGCGUGCUGACCGGGCACGUCUGCCAGGGGGAGGCCUGCAUCUUCUGUGCGCUGAAGGUGAUGUUCGCGCAGUUCCAGCACAGCCGCGAGAAGGCCCUGCCGUCGGACAACGUGCGGCGCGCCCUGGCCGAGAGCUUCCGGGACGAGCACAGGUUCCAGCUGGGCCUCAUGGACGACGCGGCCGAGUGCUUCGAGAACAUCUUGGAGCGGAUCCACUCGCACAUCGUGCCGGGCGGGGACGCCGACCUGUGCACCUCCAAGUGCUGCGUCACGCACCAGAAGUUCGCCAUGACCCUGUACGAGCAGUGCGUGUGCCGCAGCUGCGGGGCCUCCUCGGACCCUCUGCCCUUCACGGAGUUCGUGCGGUACAUCUCCACGACGGCCCUGUGCCACGAGGUGGAGAGGACGCUGGCCCGGCAGGAGCGCUGCAGGCCUGAGCUGUUCGCGGAGCUGCUGCAGGCGGCCCACACGGCCGGCGACUACAGGAAGUGCCCCAGUAACUGCGGCCAGAAAAUAAAGAUCCGCCGUGUCCUCAUGAACUGCCCCGAGAUCGUCACCAUCGGCCUGGUCUGGGACUCGGAGCACUCGGACCUGACGGAGGACGUCGUGCGGAGCCUGGCCACGCGCCUGCACCUCCCCGGGCUCUUCUACAGGGUCACGGACGAGAACGCCAGGAACAGCGAGCUCGACCUGGUCGGCGUGAUCUGCUACGCCAGCCGGCACUACUGCGCCUUCGCCUUCCACACCAAGAGCGCCAAGUGGGUGUUCUUCGACGACGCCAACGUGAAGGAGGUCGGCGCCAGGUGGAAGGACGUGGCCUCCAAGUGCCUGCGCUGCCACUUGCAGCCGCUGCUGCUCUUCUACGCCAACCCCGAGGGCACGGCCGUGUCCACCGAGGACGCGCUCCGGCGCGUCGUCAGCCGGCCCCCGCACGGGCCCGCUGCGGAAGACGCGGGGUGUGAGAAGCCUUCAAUUUACAAGUCAGAUCAUUUGAAAGAAAAUGGACUUGGGGAGCAGGCCAGACAGAGAGAAAAUCAGAAAUUCCAGGCAGAUGGCAUCUCCUCGUGUGGCCGGAGCCACCUUCAGACCAGCGGCGGCAGAGGAGCAGCUCAGCUGAGCCGCAGCGACCAGCGGGAGAGGAUGAAGGACAUCUCCAGGGAGUGUGCGCUGAGGGCCCUGGAGCACAGGGGCCUGCUCACCCCGCAGAGGAGGGCCACGGGCCGGCCCGCAGGUGUGCUCGACGAAGACCUGCCCCCGACCAAGUCCGGGUCACCUCCCACCCCGAAGGGCGUCAGGCAGCGUGGCGGCAGCCCACGCCCGCCCCACAGGCCGGGGAAGGCCCCGUGCAAGCCCGGCCAGCCGGCCGCGCCGAGUCACGCCGCCACGCAGACGCCGAGCUCAGGCCAGCCCCAGGCCCUGGCCGCAGGACCGAAGGCAGCCGGCAGAGCCCGGGGCGAGGGCGCCUCCGGGUACGACACGGACAGCAGCCAGGACUCCCGGGACAGAGGGAGCGGCUGUGGCGGCAGCGGCAGGAGCCGGGGCCGGGGCUGGAAGCCGCUGAGAGAGACCUUGAACGUGGACAGCGUUUUCAGCGAGCGGGACAGGAGGCAGCGCAGCCCGAGACGGCAGCCGGGAGCCGGCACCAAGCCCGCAUGCAGCCGAGACCCGGGCUCCCACCGGUGGCCCAGCGAGGACCCGCAGCCCCAGUGCCUGACCCCCAUCUACGAGGACGACCCGCGGCCGGAGGCCGGGAGCAGGGGCUCCCCGGAGUGCGGCGGGACCCGCACCACCGGGAGAGGCAGGGGCCUCGGGGAGACGGGGCCCACCGGCGACGCCGGGCCGGGGCAGAGGGCUGAGUCCGGCUACGAGAGCAGCGACCACGUCAGCAACGGGUCCGCCCACCCGGACUCCCCGGGCGCCGAGGGCGGCAGGAGCGGGCCGGAGCCCAGCGGCCUGGCAGGCGCGGCCUCCCCCAGUGACCAGAGCAAGAGAAGCAACCAAAAUGUAGAGCAUGUGAACUCGUCCCCCCACCAGAGUAAAAGCCCCCUGGAAGGCUUUAGGAGAGAAUUCCGGAACUUGGAGGUAGGCUGCAACUCUCAGGAGGGCGACCCAGAGCCACGGCCGCAGAUGAAGGACCCUCUGGGGAAAAGGUCGCCGGUGCGGGACGCCAGCGGCAAGCUGCCCCCUUGGUCCAGCCCGCAGACCCGCAAGGCCCGCGUGGCCCGGGAGCGUGCUCCCCGCCCGGAGGAGGAGGAGCAGCAGCAGCAGCAGCAGCAGCAGCAGCGGGACGGCCACGGCACGAGCGCGGGGCGGCCGCGCACAGGGGGCUCCGAGGACACGGGCCUCCUUCCCCACACUGACGACCUUCCUGCGUCCGGGCGGAGGAGAGGUGACGCCGCUGUCCCACCCGGGAGGACCGCUGCUGGGCUGAAGGCGGACGCUGCGCCCCUUGCCCCGCUGCCCGCCACACCGCAGCUCUGGCCCGCGGUGCCGUGUCCCUGGGGGUCUUGUCCCUUGGAAGGCCCUGCCCACGGGGUCCUGGCCGCCUGCAGGCCUGACGCUGCUCCGGCUCCAAAGCUCCUCCACCAGGACUCACCGCCCCCUCUGCCGCCAAAAAAGCAUGCGGUCCCCAGUGUGUCGCCACCGUUGAGGAGAGACGAGGCCAGACUUCCCGAGGCACCACCACGCAGAGCCUGUCCUCCCGGUCCCCCGCGGCCCAGUGUGGGCCUGGCCCUGGAGCCGGGCCCCGACGCUCGGACAUGCACGAGGGACAGCAGACCUGCGGGGCCUGUGGGCGCCGCGUGGGGCCGCCCGUCCAGCCCCGCGGCUGGGGGUGCCCACGCCAACGCGGGGCCCCCUGUCCCUGCGCGGUGCCAACCAGGAGUGGCUGCUGGCCCCGCCUGCCCGAGCGAGCCGGUGUCACUGACCACCUACUUCUCGGUGGACAGCUGCAUGACCGACACCUACCGACUGAAGUACCACCAGCGGCCCCGGCUCUGCCUGCUGGAGCGCAUGGGCUCCUGCAGCGAGGCUGCCGCCGCUCCGGGAGGAGGAGGAGGCCCGGGGGCCAUGCCAUCAGCCGCCCCGGGGCGCACUGCUCCGCCCGGCAGAGAGGUGGACCCGGGCCGCCCCGCCGUCGGAGACCCGUGAGGACGCCCUUGGGCCCUAAGGGCGGCACGGCACGGCACGGCACGGGACGCACCAACCAAGCCCAGCGGAGAAGGCAGCACACACCGUGGCAGUUUUAGAGCGUUCUGGAAGCACCUGGAUGAUUCUCUGGGUGUUCUAGAAACCCCCUCGCAUAGUCUUGGCGUGCCCGGAGAGACGGAACGCCGGGGUGCGCCCGGCCGCCGGCCGCAGUAGGGCGAGAAUGGAAGUCGCCCUGUAGUACUCUGUGGGUCGUGGCCCCUGAGGACGAGACGAGCCAGCACCUGUGCGCGCAGGUGGGAAGAUGCCUCCAGGGGCAGGCCGGGGGUGCACAGUGCGCGGUCAGAGCGGGGCCCGAGAACACCGGCCGCUGCUUCCUGACGUGGGGCCGUGGGCCCGCACGGCCGAGCGCCUUAGAAAACCGCGGCCCGGGGAGCCGGUCGUGUCUGGGGGGAGAGGCCUGAACGAUAACAAGGUCUUUAAAUUCCCGUCUCGAGCUCUGAGCCAAAGACGCUGGUUUUGCUCCCAGGACGCCCGUCUCCGGGACGCCCGGCCAGCAGCACGAGGCCGCGACGUCCUGUGAGUCCACACACACAGCACCUCCGCCAGGUGCGCUGCCGGCGGUCCGAGUGCUCCGGUCCGUUUACCUGUCACGUCAGUUUUCUGGUUCUACGUGACACGUGCACGGCUUUCACCUGGGCCUGGUCUGCCGCGGGCGGCGGGGGCCCAGUGUGCGGGGCCAGCCACUGUCCUGCGUGCGCCUGGAGCCCGGCCCUGCCGUCGGUCGGCCGCCGUGGGGAGCUUCCGCCUGGAACCCGGAACCCUCGGGGUUCCCGGACCAGAUCUCUGCCUCUCCUGAGAGGGCUCAGGGCUCACGGCGUGCUGCUUCCCCCUCACGGUCACGGGGGCGUCUCCGUUAGGUAAAGCAGAGGGGUUUCCUGGUGUGACGGCGACCCGACAAGGGCAGGAGUGCUACUUCAGUCGCCUUAUUUCACUUGCUGUCCUUCCGUUUCGCAGUGAGCGGGCCGACUGUGGCUUCGACGAGUUUUACAUUGCCCAGUCCAGGCAACUAAGAAUUCCAGAAUUAAAAUUUUCCUUGCGUUCAUCAGUGGAUAAAGUCUGUAGAUAUAACUUGUUAAUUCUGUAAACAAACUACUAAAUUUAAUGUUUUGGGCAGUCCCACAAAUUGUUAAAAUAUUCCAAAAUGCACACGACUAAACGUACUUCUGGACAACUAGAAAGGACUUGCUCGAGAAGAUCUGACUUCACCCCGUUCCCGCAUCCCGGUCCACGCCGCCUCCCGCCGAGAGACGCUUAAACGGCCCUUUCUAACUACAGCGGCGGCGAGCCCUUCUCUGAGUUUAGAGAUACUUGAAAACCAACCAAAUUGAAUUUUAUCUUUCGAGAAAGCUUAUUUUUUAACAUAACUUUUAGUACGGAACAUUUGUGCAUACUGUAAACUUUGUAAAAUAGUAUUUGAAAUAUCAGCAUAUAUAAAUAUUGCUUUUAUAACACUGUAACAUACUAGAAAAUGGGCUCCAAGUAUUUUUAAUAGCUUUUGAAAGCUCUGUGGGCUUUUUUGUUUUCUAUUUUGUCAAGCUGUCUAGCUGAACUGUAUUAUUUGAAACAGUUAAAUAAUUCCUGAUAUUUAACAGCAAUCUCAUAGGUUUGUAUUUUCAGCUUGCCACCGAGCUGCAGACUCCCACUGGAAAUGUCCUGCUGCGGCUCCUCCUAAAGCGCUGUCCAGCGGGGGGCCCCCCUCCCCCCCUCCCUCCCCCGGGCUCGGGCCCCAGUGCCAACCAUCGGAAACCGCCGUACGUCCCCAGCUGACUCAACACUCCACGUGUAGUUUGAGUGCAUAUUGAGUAACUAACAAUUCACAUGCAAACGUGUUAUUUUUAGGGUGCCUAUUUAUUUUUAUAGGUGUUUUCUUCUGGUUACAAGCUUAUUGUGAUAAUUUUUGAAGCAACGCAACCAGUUCUAAUAUUCGAAAUACUGUAUUAGUCUUCCAAAUAUUCUAUUUUCAUGUGAAAUCAGUUUCUCUGGUUCCAGACUUUCUUUUUUUUUGAUAAACUGACCUUUAAGUUGAUACAGUUGGACUUUCCUUGGCAUCCACGAGCCGUGGCUACCUCUCCCCCGUGUGGAUCAGGCGUUUUAUGAGAAACGUCCGUCAGUCCCGGGUCCAGGGGUGCGGGGGCUGCCUCUGACCAUGCAGCGUCUUCCCAGUGGGGCGCAGAGCAGGGCUCCCACCGGGGCUGGCCGAGCCUCUGUAGGCGGCCAGAGGGUCAGCAGCGCAGGCCUGCGGGCCCCGGCGUGUCCCACAGACAGCUCCCUGGAGAGCUGCAGAGGCACACGUAGGCCCCGCGGAACUCGGAUGUGGAAGUCCGAGGCUGCAGACAAGUUUCACCUGUCCAGGGGGCCUUGAUUCUUCUCGGUCAUUUUCAGAUGCAAAAAUAAUUCUCCGCUCACAGGCCUUAUAAAAAGCGGCAGCUGGCCCACUGGCCACAGUCGGAGGACCCUCACCCGGCAGUAUCCUCUACAUGACUGGCCUCGCUGGCCCCGAAGACCCCGGGGGCUCUGAAUGCGGCCCCGUGCCACCCGGGGCCUGGGCGCGUGGAGCGCGUUACGUCCUCACGUCUUCAGGUUAACGGACCCUCCGGGCUUCCUCGCGGUUCCUGGUCAGCCCGUUCAUUUCAAACAGUUACUAACACAGCCUUUUUCUGUUGUGAAAUUCUCCAGAUUAAAACCACGUGGCCGCUCA